AUGAUCGCGUCGAGAGCAGCUACCAGAGCAGCAACCCGUGCUGCUCGCAAACCAGUUUCCAGAACUCAAUUCCGUUAUGCUACCACAAAUCAACAAGCAGCCGCCGCCGGUGGGUCAUCAGGUCUUGUAGGAGGAAUUGCAGGAGGUGCACUUGUAUUCCUUGCCGGCUAUGGCUACUAUUACAUGUCUGGCGCAAAGACGGUGGUCAAUGCCGCCUCCGCGACAAAAGCAGAAUUCAAGAGAAUGACCGAUCAACUCCAAUCAAAAGCACCUGAGCCAAAUGAAGCUAUCAAGUGGUUACGGUCAACUGCCAAUUCAUAUGCAGCUUUCAUUCCAGGUGGAAGAGGAUAUGUUGAUGCUCUCUUCAAGGACUUAGAAACUGUUCAGGAGAAGCAUGGAAAGGAAGUUGAGAAGAUUGUUAACGACGCAUACGCAGAGCUGAAACAAGCUAGCUCAGGCGGCUUGAACAUGCAAAGCGUUGCGAGUGCCUGGGGGGUUAUCGAGAAGGCCGCGACCCAGCUGAAGGAUCUAGCCGGUGACUCUGCUAGCGAUAUCCUUGACAACCAUCCUGGUGUCAAGGAGAAGUUCGGCGGUCAGGUCGAGCAACUGAAAGGAAUGGCAGAUAAGCUAGGUCCAGAAGCCAAGAAGGAAAUGGAUGAUGUCUGGAAUGCGGUUUCUGAUGCUGUCAAGGGUGGUUUCAGUGCUUCAUCGGUGACAAAGGUCAAGCAAUUAAUCGAGGACAAGUCGAAGAAGAUCCAACAGUUGGGAGAUAAAGCUUGGGAUAAAGGACUCGAGCAGAUGAAGCCCUACCUCGACAAGAACCCACAGGUUAAGCAGGUCAUCGAGGAGAAUGCUGAGUCGCUGAAGCAAGGCAACGUGUCAGAGAUCUAUGAGCAAGUCAAGAACGCUGUCAGCUCAGGGAACGUUGACGAUUUGAAGAAAUACGUCAAGGACGCUGGUGAGAAGGCUAAGAACAGCAGUUUCGGAGACAGCUUCCAGAAAUACGCCAAGAUGAUCCCAGGUGGCAGUGAGAUCUUCCCAAAACUUCAGAAAUUGCAGGAAGUUGCGAAUAAGAGAGGCGACGAGGCUGAGAAGAUCGUGAAGGGUGCUUACAAGGACAUCCAGGAUGUAUUACAGAAGAGGACCGAGGAAGCGGAAAAGCUGGCGGAAAAAGCGAAGAAGGAUUGA